AUGUCUCAUCCGGCUGGCGACGAUCGUGUCGGGGGUCAUUACCCCAACCCGGGCCGCGUCGUCGACGACGACGGCAUCAUCAUCACCACAACCACCACCACCAUCGUCGCGUCCGUAACCACCACCACGACCAUGGCCACGGAAACGGUGACCGCCACAAUCGACCGCUUCCCUGGCGAUGACGCUGCCGCUGUCGCCCCUGCUGCCGCCCCUGUUCUGGCCCCAGCUGUUCCCGUCCGCGCCAACGGUGCCCCCGCUCCCCUUCCCGAUGGCCGCACUCGCGUUGCCAUCUGGCCGCCGCAGCCGCCCAUGACCUUCGAGCGGAUCCCCGUCCCGCCCGCCAGCGAGCAGCGCCGUGUGAGCCUGCUCACCAACCUCUUGAUGACGGCCGCCAACAACAACGACGGCGGUGCCAACUCUCGCUCCCGUUCCCCCUCUCCGUCGCCGGCUUCGUCGCCCGUCCCCCAAGAGCAGAAGAGCAAACAAAAGAACUUGACCAACCUAAAUGGAUUAGACGAAGCCGCCAUCAGCCCGUCGGCGACCGUGGCGCCCAUCUUGAUCCCCAACGACUGGCGUUACGACGCCAUUCGUGAUGUUCCGAGACUGGCCAACGUUCCACCCCGUGACGCCGAGGAGCGCGAGCGCCAGCGCGACCGGUCCCGCUGCCUCACUCAGGAGGAAAUUGCGGCCGACUUUGCGGCCUACCAGUGGGCCGUCGAAGACGACGCCGAGAGGGAGGCUUGGAUCCGCCGGAUCCGUGAGGAGAGGGAGAGGGAGCUGGAGCAGAAGCGCAGACGCCGGCAGUAG